AUGACCCAGUCUAUGCCACCGAGAAAGACAGACCCCAUUGUCAUCGUCGGAGCGGGUAUUUUUGGCCUCAGCACUGCGUUACAUCUUUGCAAACGUGGUUACAAGAAUGUGACGGUUCUCGACAAACAACCUUACGACGAGACUUUGUACUCGUACUUCAAAGGCGCAGACGCUGCUUCUGCCGACAUCAACAAAAUUGUUCGGUCAGCCUACGGAUCUCAAAAGGAAUACCAAGAUUUAUCUUCUGAAGCAAUCCCUGAGUGGCAUGCCUGGAAUGCGGAACUAAAAGCAGGCACUUUGGUUCCCCCGGGGAUGUCGACCAGUGAUGCAGUCUUCGUGCCCAACGGAUGCAUAUCACUAUCUACAUCAGUAGAAAUUCCACCAUGGGAGUUGGCCUGCAUUGAAGAAAUGGAGAAGUCUGGCUAUAAAGAUACUCAGCUGGCAACUCUCAUUCCCAGCCACCAAGAAAUUGCAGCUCAGAAAGGGCUCAAGUCAUUUAUGGAUCCAUUUCAAAGAGAAAGACGAGGCAAAACACCCAACACUGGUGUGCUGGAUAGUACAGGCGGUACGGCCUUUGCGGACAAGGCAUGCAGAUUUGCAUUGCACAAAGCACGAGGCAUGGGUGCAAAAUUCAUCUUCGCCGAGCAGGCUGGAUGUAUGAAAGAGCUUUGUUACGACGAGUCCAGAGUGAUUGGAGUCAAAACGCAGGAUAACCAAUUUCACCCCGCCGCAAUGACUAUUCUUGCUUGCGGAGGAUGGACGCCGGUCUUAUUACCAGAACUUGAUGCCCUAUGUGAAGCAACCGCGGGGAGCGUGAUGAUGUUCAAAAUCCCUCAAAGCUCACCUCUAUGGGAUCGACUUGAUACCGAUAAGUUUCCAACGUGGAUGUGGAAUAUGCGAAAUGGAGCCGAAGGUGGCCUGUAUGGAUUUCCGAGAGAUGAAAAUGGCUGGUUCAAGGUUGGAUAUCGGGGAACUAAGUAUACCAAUCCUCUACGCCAAAGUGAUGGCAAAGAGCGAAGCACCCCGAUAACACGAUGGUCGUUUCCUGAGAAAGAAGAAAAUGAAUCGACCGGAAGCAAAUUUACUUCUUUUCCUCAGCAAGCACAUGAAGUUCUUACGGGAUUUCUGAACGAGUACCUCCCGGAAUUAGCCGAGGAAGGAAUCAAUGCGUGUCUGACCAGAAUCUGCUGGUAUACAGAUACAUUUGACAAUCACUAUGUUGUGGACCGUGUCCCCCAAAAAGAUGGAUUAAUGGUCGCAACAGGAGGUAGUGGCCAUGCAUUUAAAUUCUUGCCAAACAUCGGUAAUUGGGUCGUGGAUAUAAUGGAGCAGAUUGAACUGGAUCGGCCAGCAGUGAAGGCAUGGCGAUGGAGGUCUGUUGGCGCAGAACAACCAGUAAACGCUCUCAUGGAGGGUUGCAGUGGCCCAAGGGCUCUAAGCAACAUUGGUCUGCUUCAGGAAGUGCCUUUUCAAAGUCAAAUACAUGCUAGACUCUAG